CGCCGUGUCGGUUAGUUGUAUGAUAUGUGGUGUAAAUUUGAUGCUUUAUAAACGAUCGUUGUUGUUCAUUUUUGCACAUUUUUAGUGUUUAGAUGUUUUUUUUCUACUUCAUUUAGUUUUGACAUACUUUAAAAAUUAAUGAAACAUUAAAUAGUGAUCUCCAAGUGAUUAUUAAGCAGUUUAUAUGCGCAGAUUAUAGACUUGCAAAAAAGUAAAUACAUGAAGACUCGUCGGUAGAUGUGUGAAGAGAAACCCAAGUCACAAAGAAUGAUAGAUACAUGGUUUAAGGUUAACCGUUGCUCGGUGACGCAACGCCCUAGCAUGAGACGAUGAUCUUCAAGUGACUUAGUCUCAAUAAAGUUGCAAUAUAUAUGCCGACAGUUUGUGUACUAUCCCGCUAAAUCGUGUUGUACUUAUAUAUGAGUAAUAGUGCCGUAAAAAUAGUGAAAAUAUUUCAUAAUUGGAGUUAUUUGGAGCAAGAAAUGAAUCUAUACAUAAUAAUAAUCGGUUUUAAAUAAAAAGAAAAGGUCAAAAACAAGUGUAUUACCCGUAAAUGAUUAUGGAUGGGGAAGGCAGAUUUCAACGGAGGAUGCAUACAAAGGAUACAUCAUCGAAUUACAAGAUUCAUUUCAUUCACAUUAAAAUGGAGGAUAAUAAUAGCAGUAGACAGAACACGAGCAUGAUGAGGAAACAAAUCAUUCCAGAAACAAGCAAAAAUUGGAGAAAUAGCCAAUCACGAAGAAUGAGGGUGUCAAAAAAUUGGCUGAGCUCUUGGCAGUUAAUGCUGCUAAUCACAAUGAGUCUAUUCACCACAGUAAAGUCUGCAUACUGCCCGGUUGGAUGCACUUGUGAUGAUGAAGCAUUGGUGGUGAUGUGUAUAGGAGUGAGUCUCGACGUAAUUCCAAUAGCACUUAAUCCUUCAACCCAGAGGUUAGUUUUGAAAGAAAGUCGAAUCCGCACAGUGGAUGCUGCGGCAUUUCAAUUCUACGGUGACCUCAAGAACGUCGAUUUAUCGAGUAAUCAUCUCGUUUCAAUACCAAAUGAAAGUUUUAAAGCUCAAAAAAAUCUCUUAGAGCUUCAUCUAAAACAUAACAAAAUAUCAAGCUUAGCAGAGAAGACUUUUCAAGGAUUAAUAUCUUUAACAGUACUAAAUAUGAGAGAUAAUUAUUUGGAGACAUUAACAAAUGGGUUGUUCACAUCUCUUACCAAGCUUGAAGAAUUGGACUUGGGUGGAAAUAGGAUAUCCAAAGUAGAACCUGGUGCAUUCCAGAAAUUAGGAGCUCUCAGAGUACUCUAUCUAGAUGACAAUCAGUUGACAUCAGUUCCAUCACCAGCUUUAGCACCUUUGAAUUCCUUGGCAGAGCUUCACAUUGGCCUUAACGGAUUUCCUUCACUUACUGAUGAUGCAUUUAAAGGUCUAGAACGUCUAGCAGUUCUAGAUGUGUCCAUUGCUACUUUAGAUAAUAUAAGUGAAGCUGCAUUUCGAGGUUUAUAUUCUUUACGCACUCUCAAGUUAGGAGGAAAUAAACUACGAGAGGUGCCUACGAAACAAUUGGAAACCUUGAGUCGACUAGAGGAGUUAAUAUUGGGACAAAAUCCAUUUUCAAUGUUAAAAUCAGGUGCUUUUCAAGGUCUAACAAAUCUAAAAAAACUCGACAUUUCAGGGGCAAAAUUGUUAACAACCGUAGAGAAGGGUGCCUUUUCUGAUAAUAGUAACCUUGAAACUUUAAUCCUGAAGAGCAACAAGAAACUAACAACUAUAGAGGAUGGUGCACUUGCUGGACUUCCAAACCUUCGGCAUUUAAUGCUACGAGAUAACGCCUUUACGAGUUUUCCAGAAUCAUUAGUAGCUUGGGGAGAUCUUAGAAGGUUAGAUCUAAGCGAGAAUCCUCUCAUUUGCGACUGUAAUCUGUUGUGGUUGUCUGAAGUUCUAGUGGCAAGAAAUUCAAGUCCCGUGAUCUGCGCAGAGCCACCAGAAUCUCGUGGUAAAUCCCUCAAGGGUAUGGCGCCGGAUGAAUUGGGUUGUGCUUUCUCAGAUCCACGUAAGCAAGCGCUUCUAGCAACUCUCUGUGCAGCAGGACUUGCUUUAUUGGCUGGGUUAGCUUUGUUACUCUACUAUCGUUGUCGUAAGCGUGUAAGAGAUGCUUUAAAAGAUUAUAAAUGGAAAAAUCGCGCCAUUUCACGUAAAGAACAUGAGUAUCAAAAGACAUUCUCUGAUGAAGAAUAUAUUGUUCGAACACAUGGACAUCAUCGUCAUCAGCAACAAUUACAUCAGCAAUUUGCCCAAACUCAUCAUCCGCAGUUUCAACAGCAACAACAACAGCAAUUGCAACACUCUCAAAUCACUACAGGCAUUAAACCAAUACCAGUGACGGAACUGUAGCUAGAGCUUCGGGCAGCGAGCCCCGGUAACGGUGGAGUUUGGUUUUUGCCACAUGGUGGUACUACUCCGGCCGAGGGUUUCACCUACAUUGAUGGCGAAACCGCGCGACAAAUGCGUCGCCCAGGCACGCUGCCCGUUUCUGCAAUUAGUCAACGCUCUGGUAGUGGCAUUUUUUCACCAACCCAAGGUCCUAGUGACAUCAAUAAUAUCAUUAACACGAGUGGUAUUAAUGGUGCAUCAACCAGGAUACAUCACUCGAAUCAUUCUUUACGCAGAAAUCCACUACCAGCUUUGCCGGCACGCUCCGAUUCAUGUAGGCUCACUGAUGAACAAAGAAAUUAUCCUAAUGAACGAAUUUAUAAUGAAGAUAAUCAGAUAUCAUUGCAAAAACACUCACCACCGUGUCCUCAAUCCUCUUAUCCUACUUUGCCGAUUAAUGGUCAUGUGUCUUCAUACCAUUAUCAUCAUUAUAGCAGCAGAGAUCGAGACAGCUCUCGGGAUCGUAAUCUAAAAGAUCGAGAGCUGCCAAUGGUACCACAGAGAAACGAUAAACAUCCUAUGGAGUUGGAAAUACAUGACAACAAAGGCAAUAGUACCUACAGAGAAUAAACACCAAGCCGUUUAUCGUAAUUUAACUGCCACUGCACUUAAUGCGCUUAUUAAAAUCAAACCAAGACUGAUGAUAUAUAGAAAGAGAGAAAGAGAGAGAGAGAGAAAAAGAUGCUGAAGGAUUCUCGUGAAUCAAGUGAUGAAAAAAAAAAGUAGAAAACCAGUCUCUAGUGUGUCAAAUACGACUCAUGAGAUUUUUCAUUCAAUGAAUUCUCUUGUGAAAUUUUUUCCUGAGGCAGCUUACAACAGAAUCCGGGUAUCAAGUGAAGACUGAAGACGUCAAAAAGACAAACAUUCCUCAGUUCUUAUAUUCAAUGUCAUCAGAAUGUAUAAUGUGUUAUAUAUAUAAUAAGAUGAUUGAGUGUAUUCGCGUGUAUGUACGUUUACUGCAAACAUUCUUUUAGAUUCGAUAGUGAAGUUUAGAUAGAUAUUGAGGAAACUAAGUAAAUUGGUCUAAAGAUUUAAAUUUAAUUUUGAAUAAUUAUUUGGAUGUACCUUGGAUGUUAUUAUAAAUAUAUUAUGAGAGGAAAAAGAAACACGGACAGUUAUCUUUGUGUCAUAAAAAUCGCACAUUCAUAUAGAAAUAUUUUAAAUAUAUAUAUAUAUGUAUAUUAUAAACAGUGGACUUAUUUUCUCAAUAAUUGAAAAAAAAAAGAAAUGAAACGAAUAAAAAGGAGAAUAAGAUCAAAGUUUAGAAACGAGUAAUGAGACAAGUUAAAAAGUAAGAUGACAGUAGUAUCCAUUGUAGAAUUUUCAUGGCUCAAUGAGACGUGAGUUCAACAGUACCAGUUACGUGUUCACGCGUGAAAUAAGACAAAAUAAUUGCUGAUAAAUGAUGCUGAGUACGCGCACACAUUCAAUUAUAUUUUUUGUGUACUGCUGUCAACAUUUCAUUAUCACUUUGUAUUAUAAAUAUUUUAAAUUCUUUUGUAUAAAUGAUCCUUAUAUUAUAUAAUUAUUCUAAAAAAAAAAUGAGUAAUAUUAACCGUGUAGGUUUUUAAUUACUUUAGUUUCUUAAAAACGUUAAAACAAAAACAUCUUAUCUUUGUAAACUUGAAUAUUAACAUUGAUCAAGUAUAGUCAAGUUGCGAAACUGUUGGAUAAUUUUAUAAAUAAUUUUUUUUUCUACGACAUUUGACAUAAUUUUUGAAUAAUAUUUUUAAAAAUUCGUGAAAAUUUGAUAAAAUAAUUAUAAUUUUGGAGUAAUAUUUCAAUUAGUCAUUUUAUUAGCAAAUAUUGUGUAACAUUAAUUAUAAAAUUGUCAGAAUGAAUUUGAUAUAUUUUUUUACAUGUUAUAAAUUGUAAAUCAAUAAAUGGGUUAUGUCCUCUAUAAAUUGUAUCAUUUUCAAGCGUCAAUAUUUCAAUAUUGAAUUGGUCGUAAAUGUGCACAAUAUUAUGCUAAUGAAAAUUUUCAUCGUGGUAAUAUUAUAGAGUGAGAUAUAAAACCGGUUUAUUGAUUCAAGAAUUUUCAUUAUAAACAAGGUGAUGAAAAGUUCAGAAUAAAUGUCUUGACUGCUAAACUUUCUUUCUGUUUAAUGAAAAUAAGAGAAAAUGAGAUAAUGACAAAAAAGAAGCACUUGAGUAAGAAAAAAAAAAAUUCGAAAAAAGUAAAUGGAAGAGAGUAGAAGAGUAACAAAUAAAUGUGGUAUGAUAAUAAUGUACGUAGAAACCGGAAUAGUGAGCUACUGUCCCGUAUGAAGAAUAUAGCUUCUCGUGCAGAGUGUACUCGUCGGAAUUCCACGGCCAUCUUGGCUGCCGCUUGAGAGGUGACUGCACCUUGAACUGCGCUCCCGAGAUGCGAAGAGUAAAGUCGGGUGCUUUCGUAUUCUCUAUACUACUCUCUUUCUCUCUCCUUAUCUAUCCAAUGUUACAGCUCUUUGUUCCUUCACUGCAUGCUUCUCUUUAGAUCCAGCGGCUACAACCGCGAUCUAGCUAUCGAGUUGCUCGAUUUCCCAUGCAACGGAAUGCAACUUACGGCUGCUAUUUCCAAGCCGUUUAAGCAGAAUAAUGCAUUUAUUUAUUCCAUUAUCCAUUUCCUACACUUUUCUAUUUAUAAUUGGAUUAUAAAAUUUAUUUAAAAGACUUCCUUUAUUUAAUAUUAUUUAAAAAUAAACGAAAUUAAGCCUAUUACUUAAAGCAGAAAGGAAUAAAGAUAUUGAUUGACUGUAGUUAUUGUGAUAAAGUACAUUGAUUACUUAAUAUACUUGUAACUAGAUGACAUUGUAUUCCUUAAUAGCUUAAAUAUUAAUUUUGAUUAAGAGAAAUAUUAAUUAAAAUCUUUAGUAUCAAGUGAAUUUAAUUUAAUAUCCAACAGAAUCGCAACUUUGAUUCUUGUUAUGAAGAUUUUGAUUUUGCUUUUUCAUGUAAUGAAAAAUGGAUAGGAAAAAUAUAUUAAUUCGAUGAAGAUAAAGAAAUAAAAUGGAUGUAUUAGUUAAUAAAAAAUUUAAAAAAAUUAAAAUUUUCAUUUUCUUCUUGUGCAUUAAAAAAACAUGCAUAAAUGAUUGUUUAUAGGAAAUGGAAUUUCCGUAUAUGAAAAAAAAGAAAAUGUAAAAUUAUUUAUUUUUCAAUGUAAACAAAAAAAUUUUGACUGUGUAACUUUGAUAGUUUUUUACUUUGUAAAUUUUUGUUUUAUAUACUUGACGAUUAGAUGUUACUUAGAGUAUAUUUAUAGAUUGGAUGAUAAUAAGUGUGUAGAAAAAAAAAAUAUAUAAAAGUGGUGAAGAAAGGUCUUCAAGUAUUCUUUAAAAGUUUCGUUAUCACAAAAAUCUCAAGUACAUAAAUGCAAUAAAUAAAGUUUAGUAAAUAGUAAAUUAGUAAAAAUAAAAAAAAAAAGAAUGUAAGUGAGAGAAUGAGAUAGUGAGAGAAAGAGUAGUGAUAAAAUAUAUGUAAGCGAACUCAAAAUUAUUUAAAAGAAUAAUGAGAGUGUGCGCGAAACUCAUGCCGUUGUUAAAACGAAAGUGAAAUAUAAUUAUGUAUAUUUUAGGGGAUACGUAUCGUGUCAUAAUUUAUCAGAAUCUAAUUAGUGUACAAAAGUUUGUUAGUAAAAUAUAUUAAUUAUCAUAAUAAUAAUUAUUAUAAAAAAUUAUGUAAAAUUUCAUUUUAGAAAUUUUAUUUUAAAAAAUUUUUGACAAAUUUGUUAAAUACUAGUAGAGAUUUAUGUGUCACUCUACUAAGUUUUGCGUAUUAAUCCUAGUCAAGAAUUAUAACAAGCGGAGAGAAAAAAAUAGCAAUGAAAAUAGUGCGAAUGAGCAUCAAAUAAUGGUAUGAAAAUAAAAUACACAUAAUAAAAAAAUUUAAAUAAACAUAAGAAUGCGACUUUGGUCGUACUUUUUUGUUGACUUCUAUCCAAUUGGUGCAGUUACUGUGUAAAAUCCAUUGUGUACACAUCAUUAUAAGCCAAACAAUGAAUAAACAAAAGAAAAAAAUUACCCAAUAGUUAUA